GCUUAGGCACAGUUAGUUAGGUGCAUUAGCGUAAACCACUUCCUUUUGUCUGUCUACCCCAAGAACAGACCUCGUGGCGGAGCAAUGGCGAGACUCGCCUUCGCCUCCGCCUCAGCCUCAUCUCCGCCGCUAACCUCAUCAGCCCGUACUCUCCGCCGCCAUUUCUCUAUUUUCGCCGCCGCCGCCGCUGAUCCGAAACCCCCCGAAACGCCCCGCCUUCACCACCACGCCUCCCUCGAAGUCAUCGGCGACCGUUUCCUGCCGGCGCUAAAAGACUCGCUCUCCGAACCCUACGGCGCGUUUCCUCUCGUCGGGUUCAACCGCCACGUGGAGACCAUCUACGCCGCUUUCUACCGCUCUGUUCCUCUCGUCAGGCUCCGCCGCGAGUGCCUCCGCACGAAAGACAACGGCUCCGUGGCUCUUGAUUGGGUCGCCGGAGACGAUACUUCCCUUCCUCCCGAGUCUCCGAUCUUAAUCUUAUUGCCAGGUUUGACUGGAGGAAGCCAAGACUCGUAUGUGAGACAUAUGUUGUUACGAGCUCGAAGUAAGAAAUGGCGUUGUGUUGUUUUCAAUAGCAGAGGUUGUGGAGAUAGUCCUGUCACUACUCCUCAGUUCUACUCUGCUUCGUUUUUAGGAGACAUUAGUGAAGUGGUUGCUCACGUUGGUGCUAGAUUCCCUAGAGCUAAUUUGUAUGCAGCAGGAUGGUCUCUUGGUGGCAACAUUCUCGUUAACUAUCUCGGUCAGGAAUCUCAUAACUGCACACUCUCUGCUGCUGUUUCCUUGUGUAAUCCUUUUGAUUUGGUUAUAGCGGAUGAAGAUUUCCACAAGGGUUUUAACAAUGUUUAUGAUAAGGCUCUCUCCAGAUCUCUUCGUAGAAUCUUUAGCAAACAUUCUCUUCUUUUUGAAGAUAUAGGAGGUGGAUUCAACAUUCCCAUGGCUGCUAAUGCUGAGACUGUUAGGGAUUUCGAUGAAGGGCUUAACCCGAGGUUAGUUGCAUAUAAAGAAUCUUGAAGGCACACAGAUGCAAUCAUGUAACAAAUCUUUUUUCAUGUAACAGUGUCAUUUGGUUUCAAGACAGUAGAUGAGUACUAUUCCAAGUCUAGCAGCUCCAAAGCGAUCAAACAUGUCCGUAUUCCCUUGCUUUGCAUUCAGGCAGCAAAUGACCCGAUUGCUCCCGAUAGAGGGAUCCCUCGCGAUGACAUCAAGGCAAACCCAAACUGCAUGCUGAUAGUAACACCAAGAGGAGGGCACUUGGGGUGGGUGGCAGGUGAAGGAGCUCCAAAUGGAGCUCCUUGGACUGACCCGGUUGUUAUGGAGUUUCUGCAACAUGUCGAGAGUUGUCAAACCAUUAAUGGGGAGAGAUUGUUGGAGGAUGUUCACCAAAUUCAAGUCUAGUUCUGUUGAUUAGUAUGUUUCACUUGUAUUUAUACAUUAUUGUGACCAAGAAUUAUAAACACGCAAAGAAUUAUGGUAUAUAUAAGAGUUCUUGCACAAAAUAA